AUGGCACAAACCACGCCAGGGAGCUCUUUUGAGCGAUUACAAUCAUAUCCGUUUCAUGAAGAUGCAGAAUUCGCAAAUGGCCUUGCCAUCAUCUUGGGUCAUCCCGAAACCCCUGCCAGCGAAGCGGAGAUGAACCGCGAAGAUGACCUCGUCCUGCAAGCCAAAUGCUUCUUUUUCUCCCGAAAGGAGAAUCUUACACCACCGAUUUCCUUUGCCGCCUAUAAAUCGUGGUUAGCUUCGCAUACGACUAGCGAGCUCGAGCGAAGCACCGCGCCAGGUCUGUCGCAAAACUCGUCCGAACCCUCUGCAGAUGCGAACAUCUCCAUCGCCGAAUCACCUAAGCCCUCGGAACCGUUGUAUCCAUCUUCCUUUGCGCACAUCGUGGACCUCAUCACAACGGGACAACCGAUCCCAGGAAUUCAAGAGAUACCAGACACGGUGUUAGAGGGACACGAUCUUGCCAGCGAGAAGCCCCGGCGACGAAAACCAUGGGAAAAGGAUGAUGCAGUCUCAUCAGCAGAUGAAGCCUCGGCUGGUACUAUUUGA